AUGACGGAUAGCGAGAAGAAUACUAUUAAUGCUAUAGACUCAGACGUACAGGCCAUUCAUUUUCGACCUGUAUCAUUUAUCCCCCACGACCCUGAGGUCUGGUUUGCUGCGUUAGAGUCUCAGUUCGAGACUCGUCGCAUCACGAGCCAAAGGCAAAAAUACGCCUACGCUCUCGAGUCAUUACCCGGGGACCACUUAGUAGCUGUUCGUGAGGUUGUCCUCAAUUCUAACGUACCUAAUGUUUAUGAUCGCCUCAAAGAGGCAAUUCUCCGACAUUUCCUCCCAUCGAGGGAGGAACGAUUGAGGACACUGUUAGCACGUCACCCCCUGGGUGAUGCUAAACCGAGCCACCACCUCACGCGCCUGCAAUCUCUUGCAGGACCAACAGCAAGUGACUCAGAAAUAGUUAAGGAAUUGUGGCUAGAGUCACUACCAGCACAUAUCCAACCCACUGUGACGGCACUGCUCGAGGACUCACCGCUUGACCAGGUAGCCCUCAUAGCAGAUAAAAUUUUAGCGAGGACUAGCAAUAAAGAUACCUAUGUAGUUGCUUCAACGGCACGUCCUAAAGUAGACUUGGACGCCGGUCAUUCCUCAGCUCAUGGCGACAGGGACGGGUGUAUCCACACACGUCUUAGUUUUCGAGACCGUUGUAACGUACCCCAACCCUACGUCCCCCGAGCUCGCUCAAGUUCUCGCAAACGCGUCACCACUCGCCCAAAAAGGGCAUCUUCCAAGCCACGCCGGAAGGCGGCUACGGAAGCGAGUGAUAGUUGGUGCUGGUUCCAUAGGUCCUUCGGGUCUGGCGCCCGCCGUUGUCGAGCACCAUGCUCAUACAAGGCGGGAAACGCCAGCGCCGGCGAGUAA